AUGUCUUCUGCUGCAUUGCAGUCAGCUCCUCAACAGCCGACCUCCUUACCUGUUCUAAACACACCUUCGCCGGCCGCUGCAUCACAACGCCAAUACACUCCUGGUCAAUCACCUAACCGAGAAGGUCGUUAUGGUGGCCGAGAUAACGCGAACGCUUCACCUGCAUCAUCUAGACGUCCGUCUAGACGACCGAGUGGAAAUAGUGCGAGCGCGGCGAGUCCAAUCCCGACUUAUCCAGAACAAAUACAAUCCUCACCGAUGACAUCGCGAUCCGCGUUAGCCUCGCCAGUCCCGGUGGCGGGAGGUUCCGACUACGACAGAUCGGCCUCGAGCCGCCGAAGAAACGAACCUCCCGUUGCACCACCUCGAACAUCCUCUUCGCAACAAGGCUCGACUGGUCAGGUGAAUUCUCGAAGAGCAGCUCGUGCCGAGGAGCGAGCAGCGAAUUCACCUAGACGAACACCAGGAGAUGGUAGUAGAGGGGGCACAAAUGGACCGUCGGAUCUAGGUCGGGGAGGUUAUGAUGACCCUAGUUCUCGCAGCCGACGGGCCGCAUCUCAACAUCUUGCCCAAGAACCUGUCCAGAGACCAAGUAGUAAUAGGGAUCACCGUCAAACCGUGACCACUACGAUGCCGGUAAGAACGGCUACGAAUACUUCAGCAAGACAACCAUCACGAGAGGCCAGCGAGGUUCUUCAUCGCGUUAUUGUGUCACAGCCAGAAGACGACAUCGAGCGAGAACGAGAGCGGCUAAGUGAGGCACAAAACCAGGUGUCCACGCGUCGGGUUGUUGACGAUCGUGAUGAUGCCGUCCCUCCACCAAUCGCGAAUGAUUCCCAGGAAGAAGUUCGUCGUGGUGGUCGAAGUCGACAUGACCAUUCUAAACGGGAGAAGGGAUCAAAAUUCGGAGAUUAUUAUUUAGGGAAUGUGAUUGGCGAAGGUGAAUUCGGCAAAGUGAAACUCGGUUGGAAACAGGACGGAGGUGUUCAGGUUGCUAUUAAGCUUAUCCGCCGAGACAGUGUGGGAAACAACCCAUCCAGACUAGCCAAAAUCUAUCGCGAAGUGGCCAUUUUGCGCGGAAUCUCGCAUCCUAAUAUUGUUAGGCUGCACGAGAUGUCCGAAACCGAACGCCAUAUUGGAAUCGUGUUAGAGUACGCUUCCGGCGGUGAACUGUUCGAUUAUAUUCUCAACCACCGAUAUUUAAAAGACAGUCCCGCUCGAAGACUUUUCGCCCAGCUCAUAUCAGGAGUGGGAUAUCUUCAUAAGAAGGGUAUCGUCCAUCGUGAUCUCAAGCUCGAGAAUUUACUUCUCGAUCGAAACCGCAAUAUCAUUAUCACCGAUUUUGGUUUUGCUAAUACCUUCGACCCCGCGGACGAGUUGACGGAAGAGGAAGAGUUGAGUUUGUCGGAUCGUGAAUUCGUCAAACGUGCCGGUCUAGACAAGACCAAGGCAAAUGGAAUGCGUAGGGGCGAUCUAAUGCAGACCAGUUGUGGAAGUCCGUGUUAUGCGGCGCCGGAAUUAGUUGUCAGCGACUCGCUAUAUACCGGCCGAAAAGUUGAUGUCUGGAGCUGUGGUGUUAUUCUAUAUGCCAUGCUCGCUGGAUAUUUACCCUUCGAUGAUGACCCUGCUAAUCCCGAAGGCGACAAUAUCAACCUUUUAUACAAAUACAUUGUGAAUACUCCUCUCACCUUUCCCGAAUACGUCACUCCGCAUGCCCGAGACCUACUACGUCGCAUACUUGUCCCAAGCCCUCGAAAACGUGCGGACUUAUUUGAAGUCGCACGACAUAGUUGGUUAAGCGAAUAUGCACACGUAGUGGAGCUUAUUACUAGUACUACGACUACUAGCAGCGAGAUACAAAACACAACUGUGCCAACUGAGGAAGCGGAGGGUUUGGCAAGAAGUGCCUCUGUUAGAGAGUCAUCGAAGACGAAGUCGGCUGCUGCCACUCCAGGUGAUUCGGCGCGAAAGCAGGGCAGGACGGAAGCGGAAGAGCAGACGCACGGAAAACAGAAGGAUAACAAGAGACGAACUGUUCAGGUAGAGUAUGUGGCUCCUGUAACUCAGACGCAAAGAGGAGGUGAGCAGCAACAGCAACAACCAGAUCCUCACGCGUCGCCUCGUGGGAAGACCCGAGCCCGAUCAUCUAGCCAAGGUCCAGUCGAAGUGCACUCUUCACCCGCCGAUAAGCCAUUGCCGAAAGACCCACCGGUCACAAGAGAGGAAUAUGGAACUCCAUCCCGAGAGACUCGUAAGCCACCUAGUGCGCACCGACGAGAUGUACCACCACCGCGGACGAAUAUACCUCGUACGGCUUCGGACAAUGCUUACAUGACUUCUGCAACCGCCGGUACAUCGGCUGCACGACCUACUACUGGAGGCUCGAUGCAAUCGACGGGUUCUAGAUUGGCGUCGUCUACUAGAGGAUCGUACGGUCAACCAUUACCCCCCACCGUUGCCGGUACUAACGCUCAUGGAAGUAUACAACAACCUAAAGGAUCGAAGAAUUAUGUCAUCUCGAACCCGAUCCCUCAGGAAACACCUGAUAUGGACUUCGGUCGACCCAGUAUCAGCGUACCUUCGAAAUUCGCCCAGGUAUCAGGCUUUACUCAAGGGCCGCAGCAGGGUCAGCAUCAACAACAACUGGCAUCGCAGUCGGGCGAAAACAAGGGCCACAGAAGAUCCAACACUAUCGGCGAAAUCGGAGGUAAGAUCUUCGGUCGCAGUGGAUCUAUCUUUGGUGGCCGUAAGAAGCGCCCAGACCAACAACCGGGCGAGAAGUUGUCUAAGAAGUAUCCUCCGAUUAGCAUGUCUAAUGCUAUGCCUGGCGACUCGAGAACUUCUAUGGAAUCCCGUGCGUCUAGGAGAUCGUUUUCUCUAGGACUUGGCAAGAAGCGAAGCGGUAGCAUUGCUGGUGGAUCACAAGGAUCCUACGAGAAGCCACAAAACCGCCGAUUUUCUCUUAUGAGAGCGAUGGGCUUGGGAAAGGAGCCCACAACACCGACUCAAGAAUCUUCUCAGCAAGACCUCCCUAUCCAGGAACCCCCCGAGGCUGAUAAUUACAACCAAUAUGCGGACCACCAACAGGCCCGUGGAAACGUAAUGCAACAACGAUAUGGGGAUGGAACUUACGAGCAGGCACAAUCACCCCGACUAGGAUCUGCACCGGCACCUCGAAUAGAUCCGAUGACCAGCCCUGUUCAGCAACGAUUCCCAUCGACUGCGAGACCUACAGCAAUUCCUCCUUACUUACAGCAAGAUGCUGUCUUGAACUCCGAGUCCGAAGCCUCCAUCGAACCUCAACGAAAGCCACCGAAUUCUGCACCGUACCAGACUGGUUAUGAUUCGGAUCAAUAUGAUGCACGCCAGUCUGGUCGUGGAAGUCGCGUGUUGCAGAAGAACAGGAGAUUUGUGGAUGCUUAUGAUGGAGAAGAGUAUGGAAGGCCUCAUGAUCAUGCGGGUAGUAGUGGUGCGGCUAAGAGAGUGAUGGAUUUCUUCAGAAGACGGGGUCGAGCAAGAGGGGGUGAGUCCUGA